CUAGCUCCACUCAACACUCAGGUGUUUGUUGUUGUUUAUUUUUUUUUGCAAUUAUGCCAAAGAACCCUUUUUGGUUCCCCAAAUAACCUUUCAGUGAACUGUUCUUGGUGCCAUGGAUCUUAAAGGUUCUUCAUGCAACCAUCAAGGCCAGUAAAAAAACUUUAUUUUUAAAAGAGUAUAGAAUCUGGUCACAAGUGCAGUGAAAUUUUAAUGCACACAGUGACUCCUAAAAUUAUUUACACACUUCAGUGACACUUAAAAAUGCAUUUCAUUAGAUAUAAAAUUCUUUAUAUAUAAAAAAAAAACAAAUACCAUUUAUUGUAAAGAAAAGCAGCAAAAGUACUUUCAAAAGUACACUCAAAAUAAGAAGUAUUGCAUAACUUUGCUCUUGUUUGUGAUUAGUGGAACAUGUUCACAGUGAACUUGAUGAACCACCCUUGUGUACGCUCAUAAAUGUGAAAGAAAUUCAUAAUUGUGAGGAAAAACUCUAGUAGCACUUGUUUGCACGUGACACUUGAUCUGCUCUCUCUGUUUACUCUCAGACGUUUAUCAGUUUACUAUAGUUAGUCAUUUUGUCACACCUCCGUGAAAUUACAGAUAAGAGUCUGUUGAUAAACUUAGAAAACACAAGAGAGGAGCAUCUGCUGCAAAUGUACAAGAAAACAACUCAACUGGACACUUUUUUUUACACCACAGCGGGGGUUUUCGGUGUUGUUCACACACAACACACCCUUGCACCCACAAGCAUCUAGAAACGUCUGAUGCAUAAAAACACAGGAAGAAAAAGGAACCACUUACAGAAUUAUGAAUUUUACUCACUGCAGCUGUUAUUCUAUUUAUUCUUUCUAACUGCACUGUGUUUGUUCAGAGAUGCCUCAUCUGGAGCAGAAGGACCAUGUGAAAUAAAAGCGUGUUUAGGUGCCAUACCAGUUAUGAGACUGAGAUAUUAAUAUAGGCUGAAUGAAUCAUGUGCCUUGUUCAUUUCAUGUCUGUUGUACAGUUCAUCAUCUGUGUGUUUGUGUUUGUUAUAUACAGUUUUAAGUCUUUUCAUUUAUCAAGUGUUUUAUAUUCAAAGUGAUAAUCAUACAGGGACACUAACCCAAAUAAUCUCCUUCAGCUAGUCAGUUGUUUGACUAGACUCUAAUUAUUUACUUUGUAUACCACACGUUUAAGUUUGCUGCCCUCUGCUGUUAAAGCAUUAACAAUGCAGUUUAAACCUUCACUUGUUCUCUGGUUUGACUCAAUUACUAUUGGGUAACAGUUUGUUAACAGUGGCAUCAUGACUUAUGAGAAAAUAUAUAAAAACUGAUUUCAAGCCACAUAUUGAUGCAAGCAUCUAUUUAUUUUUCUGCUCUUUUGACAAUUUAUUUUCUGUAAAUGUGUGCUAAUUUGUGUGGCAGAAGCUUUCAGACCUGCACAGGAGAUAAAAGACAGGAAGAUGCUCAUGGUCAGUAUCUUUGGUUUAACUCCACUGUGAGUCAUUGACAGCAGGAUUGUAUUUCAUCACAGUGUGUCAGAAGAAUUUAGUAAAGAGGAAAGGGAAGAGGCGGAGCUGCUUGUUUUAUUAAAAAAAACUCUUUAGGGGCACAGGAUAGAGACACAAAAGCAGGCACAACGGAAGAACUCACAACGUCCCUGACUGCCCAAGAAUGUACAGAUUCACAGGAGUGAGAGUUUAUUCAUUAGUGAUGAUCUGCCUGAUUAAAGGUCACAUGGGUGAUGCUGCUGACCCUGUGCCUGCCAUUACAGGAGGAAGUGUCAUCAUCAACUGUGUGUAUAAUCGUGAAAAUGCGAAAACCAGUGCAAAAAGCUUUUGCAAAAAGUUGGGCAGUAAUUGUACAACCAUGACAGAAGUAAAGAAUGAUUUAUGGAUCCCAGAGGAGAGAUUCUCUAUGACUGAUAAUACAACUCUGGGUCUGAUUAGUGUGCUCAUUAGAAACCUGACUGUAAAUGACAGUGGGACAUACAGAUGUAAAGAUGGCAGCGAAUGGUUUCAGGAGGUCAAACUCAACGUGGAACAAGAGUGGUGUUGUGGGACAUCAGAGGAACACACUGCGUAUAUAUUAGGAACUGCUGUCAUCCACUGUAAAUAUCCUGAGAAAUAUAAAGAUCAUCUCAAGCAAUUAUAUAAAGUGCAGAAUGGAUCAUUAGUGUCUAUUCAUAUAUUUGGAAGUUCGACCACCAAUGAGAGAUUUUCUCUGAGUGUAAAAGAACAGGAGCAUGUCCUCACUGUGACUAUUGCUAAUGUGAGUAGACAUGAUGAUGGGGUGUAUUUCUGUGGAAUAUACAGCAACCUUAUCUACAUUCCCCUUUUCACAGAGAUUCAUCUUCAUGUUUCAGAUGCUUCAGUCCAGUCUGAUCUCUACGUCAUCAUUAUGGUGAAUAUGUGUUUGAUUCUGUUAUUAGCUGGAGGACUGAGUUUGUUGUUGCUCAAGCGGAAAUGUAAAAAGACACAAGGUUCAGUCUCAUCAGAUCAGAGGAGCACAAGAGACGAUGAUGAGGUGGCCUCAUCUGCUUAUUAUGCAACGAUCCCAGACUCUGGAAACACAACAUUACACCCGUCUGUUCAGAAGCCCAUUGGUUUAAACACGGUUUAUGACACGGCCCAUUUACCCACAAACCCCUCUGACAGUGAUUUCUACACACUGGCUGAACAACCUCAAAAUAUGACAUGUUUGUGAUUCAGUAU